UGCUGAACAGCGAAGAACGAGGGAAAGAACUGAAGGAGAUCUGCCAUUCCCAGUGGACAGGCAGGCACGACGCCUUUGAGGUCUUGGUGGAUCUCCUGCAAGCACUUGUUCUGUGUUUAGAUGGCAUAAACAGCGACACGAAUAUCAGGUGGAAUAACUGCAUAGCAGGGCGAGCAUGUGUACUCUGUAGCGCAGUGACAGACUUUGAUUUCAUUGUUACCGUCGUUGUUCUUAAGAAUGUGUUAUCUUUUACGAGAGCCUUUGGGAAGAAUCCCCAGGGACAAACCUCGGAUGUCUUCUUUGCAGCCAGUAUCCUGACUGCAGUACUGCAUUCACUUAACGAGGUGAUGGAGAACGUCGAAGUUUAUCACGAGUUUUGGUUUGAGGAAGUCACAAGUUUAGCAACCAAGCUUGACAUUCAAAUGAAACUCCCAGGGAAAUUCCGGAGGGCCCAGCAAGGUAACCUGGAAUCUCAGCUAACCUCUGAGAGUUACUAUAAAGACACCCUCAGUGUUCCCACGGUGGAGCACAUUAUUCAGGAGCUUAAAGAUAUGUUUUCUGAGCAGCACCUCAAAGCUCUGAAAUGUCUGUCUCUGGUACCCUCGGUGAAGGGGCAGCUCAAAUUCAGCACAUCCGAGGAGCACCAGGCCGACAUGUACAGAAGUGACCUCCCCAAUCCCGACACGCUCUCAGCCGAGCUGCGCUGUUGGAGGAUCAAGUGGAAGCACAGAGGGAGAGACAUCGAGCUCCCGUCCACCAUCUACAAGGCCCUCCAUCUUCCUGACAUCAAGUUUUUCCCCAAUGUGUAUGCUUUGCUGAAGGUCCUGUGUAUUCUCCUUUGAUAAAGGUUGAGAAUGAGCGCUAUGAAAAUGGACGGAAGCGUCUCAAGGCGUAUCUGCGGAACACUUUGACAGACCAGAGGUCAAGUAACCUGGCUUUGCUUAACAUAAAUUUUGAUAUAAAACAUGAUCUGGAUUUAAUAGUGGACACAUGCAUCACACUCUAUACAAAUAAACCAGAGUUUCCUACGAAUAAUUCAGAAACCAUUGAAAAUGCCUAAAAGAUUUCUAAAACGACUGUCGUUCUUGUGUUUGCCGUUUGGAAGAAAAGCGUAAGGUGCGGUGGGUCAGUUAACCGCUGCGUGCCUUGCCACGAGACCACCAGUUAAAUGCGUCAUUCGCUGUUGGUAGUACACAUAUUGGCCCCUGUUUGAACUCGCGUGCUUUCCAUACCUGUCUGCUCCCAGAAGUUGGCGUUGGGAAUGUCAGAAUGCCUCCCUGCUGGUGGCACUCGGGAACUGUUCUAGUUAAAGUUGUUUUAGAUAUAACAUUAUUGUGGAUUCAGUUGUCAGCUGUUGCAUUAUCAGGCCUUUGAAAAAUGAAUUUGUGAGAGAUACAUUUUAUAAUGUAUUGCACCGAAGUACACCAUUUUUUGACCUGUACGAGUUAUGGAUGUUUAAAAUUUGUGGUAGCAGCACUUGGAAGGCAGAGGCAUGAGGAUUACAAGUUUUAGUCCAGCCUGAGCUACAUAGUGG